AUGCUGGCGAACAGGCUGCUGAUAAUAUCAUCAGUUAUAGUAUUACUUGUCCUGAUAAGCCUCCAUCUGGUAAUUUUACCAUCAGUGAGCGGGGGAUAUAACGAGGAAUGUUACUUGCCACUGAAGAGACGUCAAACGUUAAGGAUGAUGGUGAAGAACAUUUCACGGGUGUUUGACAAGUACGGUGUUAAGUAUUGGCUCGAUUAUGGUGAGUUUGGCAUUCAUUUCCAAGUUUAAUUAUAAUUGUAACGUCGCCGCGCGCAAAGAAAACAAUGCCAAAUUUUAAAAGAACCCAUCGUUUCAAAGAAUUGUGUUAAGAAUCUACGGACUCGUAUUGAGACACCUAGAAAACGUCUCAUGGCUUUAUUUCUAUCGAAACGAAAUAUAUAUGUUUUUUUUUUCAAACUAGAUUUUGUUAUCACUUGGCGCAUUUUGCGGGCUAAAAUUGAUAUUUUUGUGCUAAAAUGUACUUGGGCCCGCUCGCAUGCUCGCGUGGUUGUCAGACUAUUUUGUCAUUCUUUCUUAGUUCUUAUUUUUUUCAACGCCCUCUAAUGUGAUAAUAAUGGUAAUAUAGUUAAUGUUCUUGAGCUAAAUUUAAUUUUUGGGUCCCUCUAAGAGUCAACUAAAUCCUCGCCUUACGACUCGGGCUAAAAUGACUCUGAGUCGGGCCCAAAACAUAUCUCAAUCCGAAACAUAAACUCUAUUGUUUUAUUAGUGCCGUGUAUUCUUAUUCUUCGACUCCCAAGAUGCCAUCCGUAAUUCCUCUUACCGUCUGCCAUACAAUUCUUAUCAUGUUAGUUGGGAGAAUUUGGGAUUGGAUCAACUAAUAAUCCCCAAACUGAUAUUUUUCUAUAUACUCACUACCUGUCUCCUUGGUUUUGUACUGAUGUUGUAAGGAGAAGUUCUGUCACGGUCACUUAUCAGAGUUAAAGGGUUCAUAUUUGCAAGGUCAUUCUGUCUAUUCGUCGAUCUCUUGUUGUUGUUGUUGUUUUUUUUUUUUUGGUUCUUGACUCAAUUAUUUUUUCAUUAAUUAAUCGAAUCUCUUUCUCUUAUUUACUUCACUUAUAAAGUUCGAUUCUUUUGUAUUCAGGAACCCUGCUUGGCGCCUAUCGCAUGGGAGACAUCUUGUCAUAUGAUCACGAUGCCGACAUUUCUUAUAUUUUGGAAACUGAGAAGCCGGAAGCUUUCCGUAAACUGCGUGAGCUUGGAAUGCAAGCCAAUGGUUUGGUUGUUGCAUUAGGGGAUGUGACUGUGGAUUUUAUGAGAUGGCAACCAGUGAACGUCUCAAAUUACAUUUCUGGCAAAACUGAAACAAUGCUACGCAAAUAUUACCCUCCUUCAUCAAAGGACAAUCUCAUUCUGAAAUACCAUCAUACGUUGGAAACUUCUCCCAUGUCGUGGGUGGUACCUUUCAAAAGGUUCUAUUUCCAGGAUGUGAAUAUCGCACUUCCCAACUCACCGGAUAAAUUACUAGCCUUUAGAUACCCGUAUACGUUCGGAGCGCGUGGAUUUCAGUUUCCUUAUAAGUGUUAA